GCUUCAGGAGCUCAGGGAUCUCAAGCCGAGAAUACAAGCGAUCUUGCGCAAUCGGCCAGUCGACCUUCGCCUUCUGCAUCAGCCGCACAGUCGAUGGCCGUCUCUUCAUCAUCAUUGACGGGGGGCGCACCGCCUGUGGCCGGCGGAGCAACACAUGAAGCGGACUCAACAAUCAUGGGUACAUCUACGUCGCCUGAAGAACCAGGCGCUACCUCCCACGGGCAAAACCCGGUGAGCACGCCCGGGGCCGCGGCCGCUUCUACUCAUGGGAGGAGCCAUCUGGGUGCAAUCCUUGGCGGGGUGUUUGGAGUCAUUGCGGCAGUCGUCCUUGUCAUCUGCGUCUUGCUCUGUCUUGCACGUCGUCGGCGUCGCCGCCGCGAAAAGGAAGCAAUGCUGGCAAGUGGCCCCCUCGACUGGUGGAGGCAAACCGACAUACUCCCCCGACUCAUGAAACGCGAGCCGUCGGAGAGUUCUACGAUCAAAGCGGACGAUUUAGACUAUGACGACGACAUGGACACGCUACACGCUACAUCUGUGGAGAAGAAGUCUGUCACGUACGGAGAGUAUCCUGAUCUAUAGCACACACAGUCUCUACCCC